UAACUGAAAGAAUUAAAUACGUUUACAUAUAAAAUCUUUCUAGUGUGUUUAGGCACAAUUGGCAAGUUAAUAUCUGCCCUUAUAAUAAAUACCAAAGGGACAGUGUAAAUACUAACAUAUAUCACAUACAGGUCAGCGGGCGGUGCUCAUCAGCGCGUAUUUUAAUAUAAAUAUAAAUCGAAUAAUUUUCCUAAUAAUACCAUGUGUAUCUAGUGUUGUUUACAUAGAAGAAGAUGAAAAAGGAAAGUGGUUUUAAGAGUAUCGAGGAAAACGGCUUAUUGAGGACUUUUAAUUUGAAAUUAUUUGUUUCCUGACGUCAUAAAUGUGUGUCGCGCAGAUUUGUUGUCACGUUGUUUUUGUAUGUCGCGUGGUUCAGUAAAGGAAUAUAAAUGGAGGAGACUGCGAAACAAGACUCCGUCUUUCUCGAGCUCAGGCAGAAGCUGCAGACUGGGCUUUUGUUCAUUCGCAGUGACAUCGCCAGGGAUGGUGCAGAUGUGGAAAUCGAGUCCAAACAAGACUCCAUCCUCGACAUCCAGACAGCGGACCGGACCUAUCAGGUGAACUUAACAGCUGGAGUGAGUCUAGUGGAGACGUCAUGCCAGAAAAGCCCAGGAUCCACUGAACACGGAUCCCACUUCAGACUCCGUCUAAGGGUGGAUCAGCCGUCAGAAGCUCCUUGCAGUGUAAUUGGACAACUGCAGGUCAAAGUGACAUAUUCCUUCUUCUGUCAGUCUUGUGGGUCCAUGGUGCUUCAAGGCAGGGCUUUUGGGCGAGUUCUUCCUUUGCCCAAUGGAAACUGGAAUGCAUUAGUGGAUGACUGGUGCUGCCACCCCGAUCCCUUCGCAAACAGGAAGCUGCUCCCACGAGAUGGGGACUGCCUGCUUGGUGACACGUUUAUUCUGUUGGCACGGGACAGCAGCUGUGAACAGACUCUCACACGGGAAGGGAACUCGUCUCAGCAAGCCUCUGCAGAGCAGAAGCGCAGCAGUAAGCGUGUGAUGGUGUCCUGCAGGAGCUGCUCUGCGGUGCUGGGCGAGGAACUCACUGCAGAGGUGCUGAAGUUUUACAUAACUGAAAUAUUAGUAAAGCCACAUGAAGACAGAGAGUGUGAUAUAGCACAGCUCAGUUUGGAGACCAAGCCAAAUUCAGUAAGACAGCGAUUCUUGGAGCAAACUCUAGCUUCAAGACUGGUCGAGCUGUCAUCUGCACAGAGUAUAUUUCGCUUUUCCAUCCAAACACCAGAUGGCAAAGCUGUGAUUUUGCUGUGGCUUCUGAACACGGACACUCUGGUCGCCUCAUUUCCUGACGCAGCAGCGAGGGGCGACAGCUUCAUCUCCGCAGGUGACGUUCAUCCCAGAAAGCAUCAGUCAUGCCAGGCUGUUCAAGCAGUCAAAGUGCUCUACGUCCUCUGCUCUGACAGCAAACUCAAAGAUGUUGUGGAUGUCUGGGAGAAGGACAUUAGCGUGCACCCUCUGCCCCUCCCUCAGGGCUCAUGUGAGGAGCUCCAGAAGCUUCUGAUGUCCAGCACCUUCAGGCUGCCUGCAUUCCUGCGCUGCAUGAACUCAUAUCAGGUGGCCUACAUGCGGAUGUGAUGUACUGAGCUCAGAACCCAGUGGACCAGUUUAUCAUCGCAAUGUCAUACUCUCCAAGGCUGUAAAAACCUAUUAAAUGCAAAAUAUUAAAACUUUUUUUUUGUAUAAAAA